AUGGAUGAUAUUGAAAAUAAUGAUACCCUAGCAAUGGCAAUAUUCCUGGACCCACGUUUUAAGAUUUUAGGGUUUAAAAACCUUGAUGCUAUGGAAAAGGUAAAGAAGAAUGUUAAAGCAGAACUUUGUUACAUAAUUUCUAAUAAAGAAGUUACUUUUUAUGAAUUAGAGGAAAGACAACUUGAAGAAGUAUCCAACGAAAAGGAAAAUAUACAACACAACGAAAAUAAGUUAUGUAUAUGGUCAACAUUGGACAAAAUAGUUUCAUCUAAAGGUAACAAAAGUUCAUAUAAAAGCUCUGCUACCAAGUCUACAAUGAGAUUCAGAGAUAUCUAG